AUGUCUCGCCCACAAGUUUCCGUUCACGGUUUGACCGGUGAAACCUCUUCAUCUUCAGUUGCUUUGCCAGCUGUCUUCUCUGCUCCUAUCCGUCCAGACAUUGUCCACUCUGUGUUCACCUCUGUGAACAAGAACAAGAGACAGGCUUACGCCGUCUCUGACAAGGCUGGUCACCAAACCUCUGCUGAGUCCUGGGGUACUGGUCGUGCUGUCGCCCGUAUUCCUCGUGUCGGUGGUGGUGGUACCCACAGAUCUGGUCAGGCUGCUUUCGGUAACAUGUGUCGUGGUGGUCGUAUGUUCGCUCCAACUAAGACCUGGAGAAAGUGGAACGUCAAGGUGAACCACAACGAGAAGCGUUACGCCACUGCUUCCGCUAUCGCCGCUUCCGCCGUUGCUUCUUUGGUCUUGGCUAGAGGUCACAGAGUCGAGAAGAUCCCAGAGAUCCCUCUGGUUGUCUCCAACGACUUGGAGUCUGUCAAGAAGACCAAGGAGGCUGUUGCCGCUUUGAAGGCUGUUGGCGCUCACUCUGACGUCGUCAAGGUCUUGAAGUCCAAGAAGAUGAGAGCCGGUAAGGGUAAGUACAGAAACAGAAGAUUCACCCAGAGAAGAGGCCCAUUGGUUGUCUACGCUGAGGACAACGGUAUCGUUAAGGCCUUCAGAAACUUGCCAGGUGUUGAGACUGCCAACGUUGCUUCUUUGAGCUUGUUGCAGUUGGCUCCAGGUGCUCACAUGGGUAGAUUCGUCAUCUGGACUGAGUCUGCUUUCGCUAAGUUGGACCAGGUCUGGGGUUCCGAGACUGUUGCUUCCGCCGUCAAGUCUGGUUACACUUUGCCAAGCAACAUCAUCUCCAACACCGAUGUCACCAGAAUCAUCAACUCUUCUGAGAUCCAGUCCGUUGUUAGACCAGCUGGCCAACCAAGCCAGAAGCGUACUCACGUUUUGAAGAAGAACCCAUUGAAGAACAAGCAAGUCUUGCUAAGAUUGAACCCUUACGCCAAGGUCUUUGCUGCUGAGAAGUUGGGCUCUAAGAAGGUCGAGAAGAAGACUAGCACUCCAUCCAAGAUCUUCUCUGAGACUUUGAAGCACGACUAA